CGUACACUCACACAACUCAAUAAUGUUAAAAUAACAAGAUUAAUCCUGUGCAGUGGCUUGGGCUCGCCCGGUGGCGCCGGCGGCGGCAGGUGCGUCGUCUUCAACUUCGGCGACUCCAACUCCGACACGGGCUCCCUCCCCGCCGCCUUCGGCUUCUACCUCGGCCCUCCCGCCGGCCGCCGCUUCUUCCGCCGCCAGACCGGCCGCCUAUACAUCGACUUCAUCGCCGAGAAGCUCAAGAUCAGCUACCUGAGCCCGUACAUGGAGUCGUCGGGCUCCAACUUCACCUCCAGCGCCAACUUCGCAGUGGCCGGAGCGGCGGUGAGCGAGAAGAGCGCCAUCCCUCUCGGCACGCAGGUCAACCAGUUCCUCCACUUCAAGAACCGCACCAGGGAGCUCCGGCCGCGGGGGACGGGCUCCAUGAUCCGCGAGCGCGACUUCCGCGACGCCGUCUACUCCAUCGACAUCGGCCAGAACGACGUCACGCUCGCCUUCCUCGCCAACCUCACGCUGCCCGACGUCGAGCGGGAGCUCGCCGCCGCCGCGGCGAGGGUCGGCGACGCCGUCCGGGCGCUGCACGAGAGCGGGGCGCGCAAGUUCUGGGUGUACAACACCGGGCCCAUCGGCUGCCUCCCGCAGACGCUGGCGCUGCGGUGGCGGCCCGGCGACGAGCUCGACGCCGCCGGCUGCCUCGCCGUCUACAACGCCGCGGCGAGGUCGUUCAACGCCGAGCUCGCCGCCGUGUGCCGCCGCCUCGGCGCGGAGUACGACGGCGCCACCGUGGUGUGCACCGACAUGUACGGCGUCAAGUACGAGCUGUUCGCGGACCACGGCAGGUACGGCUUCGAGCGGCCGCUCAUGGCGUGCUGCGGCCACGGCGGGCCGCCGUACAACUACGCCAACCUCAAGACGUGCGGGCAGCCGACGGCGACGGCGUGCCCGGAGGGGGAGCGGCACGUCGUCUGGGACGGCGUGCACUACACGGAGGACGCCAACGCCAUCGUCGCCGCCAAGAUACUCUCCGGCGACUUCUCCACGCCGCGCACCAAGCUCGAGGCGCUCUGCAACUGAGAAACCUGAGGUUGUAUAUGCAUGUCACAUGUCAUUCGUCACAAAGUAGAUGAAAAAUGCAUAUGAAUUUGCUUUUGAACACAAUAAAAUGCAAAUAAUCUCGUUCCAAAUUACCGUGCAUCUUAAGAAUAAACAACGGCACGUGUCUACAGUUACAUGCUUGAUA